UUAGCUUAUGAGGCGAGAUUGGCAGCGAGCUAAUUAGUUAGCUAAGCUAACGCUUGCAACUGUAAACGUUGCGAUAUUCGUCAAGUCACUUAAGCUGUUCAGUAUAGAGGCUAUGAGGAAAAACGAAGUGUUUUAUAACUUGUAUUGUAUUUGUAACAGUUCACCGAGCGUACAGUAGUUAAAACAAGCGAAACCAACAUGUUAGAUCAGUGAAAUCCUGCAAACAGUUUACAUUUAUCGAUAUGGAAGAACGUACCAUAAGCUGCUUUUUCCCCGGACAAGUGUUUAACGUUAAUGGGUAUUGUGCUUGACGUCCCAUUUAAGAUAAUAUGAUGCUACUGACGUACUGUCAAAAACUGAAUAUGAUCCCUCAGUCCAGUUUCAAAAGUUAGUAAUAAAAUUAAUGUUACAUCAUCAUUUUACAUCAGGCUUACUGGAUGUUAAUGCGCUCCAUCUGCCGGAUGAUGUACGACGAAAACGAGGAUUUGUCUGAUGUGGAAGAAAUUGCAAACAUAAGAGGUUUCAGUGUGGAGGAAAAGCUUGUCAGUGGCAGUUACAGCGCACAGUAUGUCCAGUUGAUGGAGGGUAAAGACUUUUCUUAUGAAUAUGUGCAAAGGGAGGCUCUCAGGAUCCCACUCAUUUUUAAAGAGAAAGAUGGACUAGGGAUCAGAAUGCCUGAUCCAGAAUUUACAGUCAGUGAAAUUAAAGGCCUGGUUGGCAGUCGACGGUCUGUGGAUGUUAUGGACGUGAGCACUCAGAAGGGCUCUGAAAUGAGCAUGGCUCAGUUUGUCCGUUAUUAUGAGACACCAGAGGAAGAGCGGGAUAAACUCUUCAAUGUCAUCAGCUUAGAGUUCAGCCACACUAAGCUGGAGAACCUCAUCAAGCGGCCCACAGUGGUGGAUCAAGUCGACUGGGUGGACAACAUGUGGCCUCCUGAUCUGAAACACAGCCAAACAGAAGCCACCAAUGUAAUCUCAGAGAUGAAGUACCCUAAAGUGCAAAGGUAUUGUUUGAUGAGUGUGAAGGGCUGCUACACGGACUUCCACAUUGAUUUCGGAGGAACCUCUGUUUGGUAUCACGUCUUCAAGGGACAGAAAGUUUUUUGGCUUGUGCCUCCAACCCCUCAUAACCUUGCUCUUUAUGAGGACUGGGUCCUAUCAGGCAAGCAGAGUGAUAUCUUCCUGGGAGACCGAGCUGAUGGAUGCCAGAGAGUGGAGCUUAAGCAAGGAUACACCUUCUUCAUCCCAUCUGGGUGGAUUCAUGCUGUCUACACUCCCGAAGACACACUGGUGUUUGGAGGCAACAUUCUGCACAGUUUCAACAUUCCUAUGCAGCUUACCAUCUAUGAGAUAGAGAACAGGACUAAGGUUCAUUCCAAGUUUCGUUUCCCCUUCUACUGUGAGAUAUGCUGGUACGUCCUGGAGAGGUACCUGCACUGCCUGACCAAACGGUCCUACUUUUCUCAGGAGAGCCGCAAAGAGCCUGCAGUAAUGGACAAUGAGACGAAGGCAAACACAGAGAGUCCCUCCUCUGACUCAAGGAGCCAGGACAUGAACGAGGACUCGUGUGAGACUCAGGUCAGGGAUGAUCAGGGUGAAAAAUAUGAGAAAGUCGCCCAUGAUGGCCCCUGCUCUCCCGACAACCGGCGAGGCCAGCACCUCAAAGCUGUUUUAUCUGUUGACUCUGAGGACAGCUGUAAUCCCGGCUCCACCUCCCUAGAUUUCCCCCAAACUCCAUCUGACUCUCCAGCCUCAGAGUCUCAGAAUAAAUGGACACAUUUGACCGAGUUUGAACUGAGUGGACUCCGGACGCUGGUUGAGAAGCUGGAGUCACUCCCUGAAAAUAAGAAAUGUGUUCCGCGGGGAAUAGAGAACCCACAAGCCCUGCUGGAUGACAUGAAGGUUGUCUUAAAAGAACAUGCUGAUGAUGACCCCAAAUUAGCGAUCACUGGAGUCCCUGUGGUGUACUGGCCUAAGAGAACUAUAAAGCCGCGGCCUCCCAACCGGCCGAAACCUAAGAUGGCAGCAUCUCCUGCAUCAGCAGUCAAGUUGUCAGCCAGUCGGGGAACAUCUGGUGCCAGGAGGAGACGGACGCGCUGUCGGAAGUGUGAGGCAUGCCUGCGGACCGAGUGCGGGGAGUGCCACUUCUGUAAAGACAUGAAGAAGUUUGGCGGGCCAGGCCGGAUGAAACAGUCCUGCAUCAUGAGGCAGUGCAUUGCACCUGUACUGCCCCACACAGCAGUGUGUCUUGUCUGUGGAGAGGCAGGAAAAGAGGACACAGUGGAGGAUGAGGAAGAGAAAUUUAACCUUAUGCUCAUGGAGUGCUCCAUCUGCAAUGAGAUUGUUCAUCCUAACUGUCUUAAGGUAAAAGAUUCAAAUGGAGUUGUCAAUGAUGAGUUGCCAAACUGCUGGGAGUGCCCAAAAUGCAACCAUGCUGGGAAGACCGGGAAAGCCUCAAAGCAAAAAAGGGGGCCAGGGUUUAAGUACGCGUCAAACCUUCCUGGCUCCCUACUGAAAGAACCACGGUUAAACCGGGAUUCAAAAGAGGAGCCUGACCUGCCAAUGGUGGCUACAGCAACUGUUACUGCUUUGACUACCACAACUGCAGUGAAGAGAAAGGCAGAGCGGGAAGAAUGCCCUAAGAGGAAAGAGGAAGAGCCUCCAAAGAAACGCCCCCCCUUGCUGUCUCUGGAUGGUACGCCCCGACCAAGGCUUGAAGACAACCCACUAAGGAAAAAGAGGAAACUUUUUGACACUAAUGAUGAACCCGUCAUUGUGAAAAAGAAGAAGAAGCUUUCAAAACUGGAUGAUCCCUUGACUCCGAAGCUGUUGCGGCAAAUCAAGGCAGAGAACGAUCACGGUGAUGAAGACGACGACCAGGAGGACCAUGACGAAGAUGGGUUUUCCUUGGACAGGAUUCAUGUAAAGGAGAAAAAAGAGUAUGAUGUCGAGGAGCAAGAAGACGAGAAGGGAGAGGAAGAGGAGACUGUGACAAAGGAGAGAGACAGUAGUGCAGAGGACAAAGUCAAGGUCCUGUUAAGUCCACUGCUAAGAACAUCCGCAGCCAGAGAAAGUGACCAAUCGUCUUCCAACUCUCCAAGAGCGGGGCCAAGCAGCGAAUCAGGAGAUGCUCAGGAGAGGAGCUCCGUCCAACUGAAGGCUCGCCACCAGCGUCGACGCCUCCCCAACAAAGAACUGAGCAAAGAGUUCAACCAGGAGAUGCCCAAGACAGAAGACUGUCUGUCCAACCAGAACCACGGCUCAGUGAAGACGGAGGACAGCCCAGCCAAUCACAAUCGACGACCACUGAAAAAUGAGGACUCUGUGACCAAUCAGAAUCGUAAACCACUGAAAACAGAGGACCCAACCACUAAUCAGAGCCGCAGGGCUCUUAAAAUGGAGGAAGGUCUGGCGAAUCAAAACCGACGGCCACUAAAAACGGAGGACAGCCUGGCCAAUCAAAACCACAGGCCCGUUAAACCAGAGCCCGAGAAUGAAAUAGACGACCAAAAGCCACGAUGGCCUCUUAAUAACGGCAGCGGCGACCUGGGCGACUGGCUGCGACACAGGGGACGGGAGGUGAACGAGACGCCGCGCGGUUUCUCACCGCUCAGCUGGAACAGAACCACACCGAUCACAUCGAUAUGCCCCCGCCCACUCCCCUGCCGCUCACCGCCAAAAUGUAUCCAAAUGGAGCGCCAUGUGAUCCGGCCCCCUCCCAUCAGCCCUCCGCCCGACAGACUGCCGCUGGACGACGGCGAGGCACACGUGAUGCGAAGAGAGAUGUGGAUGACUGUGUUCAGCCACUUGACUCACAGAGAUCUUUGUGUCUGCAUGCGCGUCUGCAGGACCUGGAACAGGUGGUGCUGUGACAAGAGGCUUUGGAAACACAUCAAUCUGAACCGCUGUAAGUCCAUCACACCUCUCAUGCUGAGCGGUAUCAUUCGGAGACAGCCAGCAGCUCUGGACCUCAGCUGGACCAACAUCUCCAAGAAACAGCUCAGCUGGCUCAUCAACAGGCUGCCAGGCCUGCGUGUGCUGCUGUUGUCAGGAUGCUCCUGGGUGGCGGUCUCUGCUCUUUGCACCUCCAGCUGUCCUCUUCUGCGAACUCUGGAUGUUCAGUGGGUUGAGGGACUGAAAGAUGCCCAGAUGAGGGACCUGCUGUCGCCUCCUACAGAUAACAGGCCAGGUCAGUUAGACAACAGGAGUAAGCUGCGUAAUGUGGAGGAUCUGCGCCUCGCAGGCUUGGACAUCACAGACACGUCUCUGCGCCUCAUCAUACGUUACAUGCCCUCAUUGUCCAAGCUGGACCUCAGCUACUGCAACCACGUCACCGACCAGUCCGUUAACAUCCUGACCGCUGCAGGGACGACCACCAGAGACUCGCUCACUGACAUCAACCUGUCAGUCUGUAACAGGGUCACAGACCAGUCCCUGACCUAUUUCAAGCGCUGUGGAAGCAUAUGUCACAUCGACCUGCGGUACUGCAAACAGGUGACCAAGGAAGGGUGCGACCAGUUCGUUGCAGAAAUGUCAGUCAGCGUGCAGUUUGAACUGAUAGAAGAGAAACUGCUGCAAAAGAUCAGUUAGGCAGAGGAGCACGGAAGACAUUGACUCGUGGUAAAACUACUGUCCACAUGGAGGCAGCAGAUGACUGUUUGCUUCUGGAGAACGACGCUGUGUUUCAUAAACAUCUGCGCGCCACUAAACAUAGACGGUGUCUCUUUCUGUAAUAACUGAUACUGAAGCUGUGCUGCUAAGCCAGAAUGUAAAAAUGGAACAUUUUGUUGUUGUUUGCACCUGUUUAUAAGUUAUUUAUUUCUUUAUAUUGAUUGUUUAUGUAUUGUAUCAUGAUUAUCUUUUGGUGUUUUAUAGAUUAUUUUUUGUUCCAAUGCAAAGUCUGUUGCAUUAUAGAGUAAUAUUUUUGUAUCAGAAAGUGUUUAAUACAUUUAUGUGCAGCAUUGAUUGCACCACUGUACAGUAUCAUAGCAUUGAAACUGAUAAUCAAUCGGCAUUACUGUUAAGCUCUUUAUUGUUGAGAGGCGAGUUCUAAUGAUUUGUUGCCAAACUGUAGGAUGGUAGCUUGUUUAUGCGUGGGUGUUUUUAACAUUUUAUUUCACUGUUUCUGAUUGGACAAAGGUACUGUACAUUUUGUUUUCCAUAUAAUGGUACCAUGUCAAAGUUUAAAAAGUUAUUUGCACUGAUGCAGUCAAUAUGAAUACACAGAUGUAUUCACACAUACACUAUACAGUGUAGUGUAUAAAGCGUAUUUUUUCAACACUACAGUGUUCUGCUAAUUGUACUAACGGCUUCUUGUUAACUGGGUUGUACUAAGACAUACUCUCUGCCAGGCUCCAUCACUCAUUAGUAUCAUUGGUGCUUUGUGAAAGGAAGCAUUUUAGCUCUGCAUGCAGCAAAGAAAUAUGUUUACACCACAGUCAAUAGAUUUAGUAACUGUUAAACAGUAUAACCACCCUUUUAUGCCUUUAUGUCUUUAGCUUAACUCCAUAUGAUUUAAAAAAAAUUACAGUCAGUGCUGGAUCAUGCAAGAAAGAAAGAAUCAGCAAAGUCCAGGAAUAGCAUAUUACAUUUGCAAAAAUCUUUUUGAUGAGACAGUUUUCUACCAUAUGACAGAAGUGACAUGUGUAACUCAGGCGUAAUCAGUCAAAGGGGCUGAAUGAAAAAUGAAAAAGGAUUCUUACUUAUUUUCACCUGAAAAAGGGUCAUUUAUUCAGUAUAUUUCAAAAUUGUCAUGACCCCAGGAAUUUGAGUAUAGCAUUGUGAUGUAUUCUGUUUCCAAGGGGCGGGAAUUAAUAUAUAUUUUAUUUAAAACGUAUGAAGCCAGUAUUUGUGAAUCCACAUCAGUCUCCGUAUGAGCUUCUGAACACAAGGUUGAGACCAAAUACACUUUAUACAGUGUUUUUUUGAGUGUGAAUUGGAUCAUAGGCCCUAGAUGUACCUGUCAUUUAAAGACACCUUUUCUGAAAGAUUUCUGCAAAUGUACAAGAGAAAAUAUAUUUAGUUUGUUCUUUUUUUCUUAGUCAGAAAUUCCACUGAAAUAGACAUUUAUUACCACUGGUUGUUUUCUUAUUAAGUUUUAUUUUUUGACUUUUAAACAUACAAAACCUAUGGCAUCAGUCAGUAGCAUUAUCAGAAGUAUUGUUGUUAUGCUUUCAUUCAUCAUAAUAUUUAAAGUUAUAUAAACAAUUGCAAAUGUUGCUCUUGGAACUCAAUAGUUUAAUGAUUUGAUAGGUUUGUGUUUUUCCUGAAAACUAAACUUUUUUAGAAGUAAAAGUCUUUGUGUAACUUUUGAAUAGCACUUGAUACUGUUCAGUGGAUGGGUUUACAUUUAAACUUUUUUUUUUUUUUUUUUUAAGUAAAACAACCAUGUCUCCAUGAAAUAUUUUAGUACAUUACUGUAAAUGCUCAAUCUGUACAUAAUGUACAUGUAAAGCCUCUAGGAAAAGUUAAGUCAACCUUUGAGAUAUUAAAUCCAUUUUAAAUACUGA